UCACCUUGGCCAGCCUCCCAGCCUACCGACUAAUAACAGGGUGAGGCGGCAGCACAGCAACAGCAGCUGCCAGCGUCGGGGCUGAAGGAAGAGAAAGCGGGCUUGAGCUGUGCCAGGACCUUGGAGGAGCUGGGACACAGCCCACUGCAGAGAUGAAGGGAGAAGCUGGAAGUGUGCCACACAAUGAGAAGCAAAAGCAGGAGGGACACAUCUGGGGCUCCAUGAGGAGGACGGCUUUCAUCCUGGGCUCUGGCCUUCUCUUGCUUGUGGCCCUCUGGAACUCAGUCACAUGGCAUCUUCAGAGAUUUUGGGGUGCUUCUGGCUACUUCUGGCAAGCCCAGUGGGAGAGGCUGCUGUCUACGUUCGAAGGGAAGGAGUGGCUCCUCUACAUUCUAGGUGCCACCCAGGUGCCCGUUCUGCUCUUCUGGACCGUCAGUGGACUUCUACUGGUGGUUGACACAACUGGAAAGCCUAACUUCAUCUCCCGCUACCGAAUUCAGGUCGGCAAGAAUGACCCUGUGGACCCCAUGAAACUACGCCAGUCUAUCCACACGGUUCUCUUCAACCAGUUUGUGAUCUCUUUCCCCAUGAUGGUCUGGCUCUAUCCCAUCCUCAAGUUGGGGGGCGACCCCUGCCGCCGAGAGCUACCCACCUUCCACUGGUUCCUCCUGGAGCUGGCAGUCUUCACGCUGACUGAGGAAGUGCUGUUCUACUAUGCACACCGCCUCCUUCACCACCCAAAACUCUACAAGAAAAUCCACAAGAAACACCACGAGUGGACAGCUCCCAUUGGUGUGAUCUCCCUCUACGCACAUCCUAUCGAGCAUGUGGUCUCCAACAUGCUGCCGGCGAUGGUGGGUCCCAUCGUCAUGGGAUCCCACUUGUCCUCCAUCACCAUUUGGUUUUCUUUGGUCCUCAUCAUCACCAUCAUCUCCCACUGUGGCUACCACCUACCCUUCUUGCCUUCACCUGAAUUCCAUGACUACCACCAUCUCAAGUUCAACCAGUGCUAUGGGGUCCUGGGGGUGCUGGACCACCUCCACGGGACUGACACUGUGUUUAAGCAGACCAAGGCCUACGAGAGACACAUGAUCCUGCUGGGCUUCACCCCGCUCUCCGAGAGCAUCCCUGAUCCCCCGAAGAAGAUGGACUAAGACACGGCCCGAGUGCCAUCCUAGCCGUGCCCUCUGCACGGUCUGCUAAGGUGGCCUGAGGCCUCCUGGUCGCACCUACCAACUCGCUCCUUCAGCCACGCACUCUGAUGACAAACCACGAGGGCAGGGGGGAGGUCAGCCUCCUGGAAAAGCAGGCCCAAGGAGGGGACCAGGGCUCCCCCAACUACCCCUAUCAUCCCAAAGGGGACCAGGGAUUGGCGUAACGAAAAAAUAUAGCUCCUUGGAAUGGAGACCAGUCAGAGGGAAGAAGCCACUUUGACAGGGCUCCUGGGGGGUCCCCCUGGUCCUCUGCUGUGGAAGGGGAGAGGGACACCAGAUGACUCCUUGGUAGCCCUGCCAAGACAGAGAAUGACAAAGGUGGCAGGAGGCCGUGUGGCUCCAGCCAUAGCUCCUCCUGAUGCCAAGGGGUGGGAGAACCAGAAGAUACUGCUUUGCCCCUUCCUGUCCCCAAAAGCCUCUCUCAUUCUGUACUCAGGCCAGGGCCAGGACACCCUGGCAACGGUUCUGGGAUCAAGUCCCCACUGCUUCCCAACACACACACGCGCACACACACGCACGCGCACACACACGCACACGCACAGACACACAGCGUGAUAAAGACCCCACUUCAACUCUGCCCCACUGCAAUUGGACAUCACCCCUCUCUGAAAAUACCAAUCACAGGAGCUCCUCCUGUGAUUACAACUGAGAUACCAAAAAGAGGCGCAGACCAAAUCUCAAUACCUUCAGCCACAGGCGGAAACCAAGGGCCAAACCCUGUGGCCCCGCUCAGCUGGGGCCCCCUUUUAGCCACAGAGGGUAGGGUCGGAGUUGCUGACCUUUGGGGACACCCAACUGAGGCCCCUAAUUAGGCUCUCUGAGGCAGGACCGAAGGAGCUAGAACCCUCUUCCUCCACUAAAGCAAGAAAUACACGGCCGAACAGCAGGUAAAAUCCUUAUUUCCCCCUCAAAUGAUGAACCAGUUGUUUCAGCACCAUUUUUACAGGAUGACUUUAGCAGUAAUGCCUUUUCCAAUGAGACCUUAUUGUCUACGACAAAACCACAGAGCUGCCCAGGUGGAAGCAGUCUCCACCCUGGGUUCGCUCAGCUGCUUCUGACAUUGCCAGGAACCCUGUGGCUCCCAGUAUCAACGUGAAGACACUCUGAUUUGUAAGGCCACCAUUAUAGUUUCCAAAGUCUGAUAUUCUCCUGAACAUUCAGUUCUCCUCUGUCCAGAAAACCACCCGCUGUAGUUUUAUAAAAUACUUUAACAUCUGAUAGGGCCACAUCUCCAGGCAGAGCUAUCAAAGAGGACGACCUCCUGCCACGGGCCCUAUCUCCCCAGAGGACCUGCCCAAGAGGCCGACCAGGCGCUUAGCAGGCAGCGUCCUCCUCGGGCCUGGGUGGGCCCAGCCCCCUCCCUGGGACCGCAUGCCCUUCGCUUGAGCACAGCUCCUGGUGCACCAGUGCUGGACGUGCUCAUAGCUGCCGACCUGCACCCACAACCUGUCCUACGAAUAAACAAACAGUUGGAAAACAGUCCCUCUUCAGUGCACUGAGCGAGGGUCGGGAAUGAGGAGUGUGGAGGACGAGGAAGAAUGGCGGUCUCUCCUUUUAACAUCUGUAGACCUGGAGGUACUGCUGGGGCGCAGAGGGGCGAGGGGCCUCGUUCUCUCACCCUUUUUCUUAGGCAGGUCGCUGGGCCUGGCCCCGACACUGGUUACCAAAUAGCCUCAAGGAAAGGUCGAGGUCUCAACACUGGCAGCAGAGAAUGUGCAUGUGAAUGGAGAAAGGAUGGAAAACAAACCGGUCUCCUCUGCAGUGAAUACUUGGGUUUCUGUCUCCCUACGCGAGUCGUUCCGGCAUCACGACCACACGGUGUCUGUGCGCCACAGCAGCACAAGGAAACACUCUGUGGCUUCUUUCAGAGUAUUCCCAGCAAGCCGUGGAAGGAAUGAAUGUCUUCCUCUUCCCAGAGCGGCCCGCAGAAGCCCUGCCCACUGUCUCCUAGCCUCACCUUUGGCCCCUGCGGGCCAUCGGUGCUCUUAAAGUUCCUGUUCACCUGACACAAGGUGGAAUUGUCUGGAAAACCAUUUCAGAUGGGACGCUCAAGUGCCAGGCCCAGGAGACAAACAGCUGUCAGGGAAUGAGUAAACAAGGCUCAUGUUCAGUUUUGUAAUGACACCCCAAGGCCAGGCCGGCAUUCAGACUGCUGGUGCCUGGCCUCACGGGCCAGGGAGAGGUACCAGCAGCUCAGGGGCCGGUCCCGGUGGGAGCGCUCAUCCUUCCUUCCCCGGCGUCAAUCCUCAGGGCUCCGUGGCCGACCUGGAUUCCACAGGGCCAGAGUGUUGGUCCCUCCUUUAUACCCCGCAGGGAAGUCUGUCCAGUGAGGAGUCACAGCAACUUGUAUCUUCCUGGCUGUGCCCUGACACCAUGCCAAGCCACAGCCAGUGCCUGAAGUCCUCGAAUUCCAGCUGCUGGAAUGGUGUCGCUCUGGUCUGUGGCACUGCCUACAGCUGCCCCAUCUCACUUGAGACACGAGGCGGACAUGAAUUCGAGGCUGGCAGAAGCUCUCCGUAUCUCCGAGGAAACACCUGGAAGCACUAGCAGCCGUAGAAGCUGUGUCGGAGCCCCUGCCCUGGGCAGACUCCCCGACAGCACAGUGGCAGAGCCCCGCAGAGGUUUCCUGUGCACAUCCCGAGCGCAGGCUCCUCUGCAUCUGCGGUCGGAAGGAGAACCAGGCUCCACCCCACACCCCCAACAGCUGCACCCCUCAUGGGAGACCAGCCAGGCUUUUGCCUUUUCAACUUUUUAUUUUUAUACAUUUUUUUGUAUUAAAAAGAAAAGCAUAAUUACCACAAAUUACAAACGACUAAAGCAGGACUAGAAUAAUGAAUGAAUCACUUCAGCCUGGAAAGCAGAUACUCUCAAUAAUAUUAAUGUUAUAAUACAAGCUCAUUCAAGUAUUUUACAUUUUUUUGUCCUUGUAAGUGUGAUAUCCUAGCACAUGGUAAAGAUAAUGUACUAUGAGCAUAAGGUGGAACCUUCUCCGCAAAGCCGGUGACAAGUUUUCCUCUCCAGUCAGAAAUGGGCUGUAUGCUCUUAUCUUCUCUGCCUCUGCUAUCAACACGGCUGAAGGAGAGGGUGGGGCUGGGGCACAUCCCGGGCCCUGCGCACACAGGAGAGACCUGGGGCCCCCGCUCAGGAGGCACCAGGCGAUUCAGACCGCUCUACCCAGGCUUCUGGCAAAAAACCACCACCCUCCCUAUAAGCUAGUUGUCCUUCUUGCCCCUCCUUCCCACUGCCAGGGCUUUCUGAGCAACUUUCUUUUCAAAAACCAAUCAUCAGGAAAGGGAAAAAAAGAGCUACAAUAGAACAAAACAAAAACAUAACAACUUUGACACGGGGGGCUCUGCACCUGGAUCUGAGCCCAAGGGGUCCAGGCUGGGGCAGGGUCGGGCAGCCCCUCUCUCCUGGUAGUGCCUUUACUCCCAGAUUCAGGAGAGCACGAGAGAAACCUGCCCCUUAGCAGGGCCGAGGUACACAGACCUUCUGAUGUUUGGUGCCCAAAGGCUGUGUUGGCAUGGACCAAUCUUGGAAGGGAACAGGAUGAACAGAAGGAUUUGGGCAGGCUGUUGCUUUGUGUCUCCGAUCUUGGAUCCCCAUGGAGGAUGGUGCUUGUCACAGAUACAUCGGUCCUAAAUUCAAGUGUCUUCAGAAAGUGAAGAUGUAAACUACUCUUUGCAACAUUAACUCCGAACAUGUUACAAAAAAAAAAAAAAGGAAAGAAAAAAAGGAAGAAAAAAGCCCCCCCAACCCCAGCCUGUGUUGAGAUGACGUCCUCACCUCCCCACCCAAAAGGGGCUUCCUCUUUGUGGGGUGUCUGUGGGGAGGAUCAGGGAGAGGAUGGCAGCCCCCUGGCCUGGGAGUAAACUCUAGAUAAGAACAGCCUUUCCCCAUACUCCCAAGGCUUCCUUGUGCCCCCAAACCCAGCAGAGGACAAACACUGAGGUUUCUGUGGUGCUGGAUACAGUACAGGGCCGAGCAACCCAAAGGAAAGAAAGAGGCAAUGAAGGGAAGGAGGAGGGCGUCCAGUGUCUGGCACAUUGUGGGGCAGGCACCAGAUUGGGCAGGGAGAGGCCUCAAACCCCACUGUCAGAGCAGAGACCAGACACUCAUCCUUGGCUUUCGAGACAACCGGCUCACAGGAACUAAGAUGGGCUUCCCCAUACUAACUGCUGGGAGGCCAGAGAUGGGGGAGGGCACAGGCCAAAGCAAUGAGGUGCCCAAGACAUAGGGCAAGCCCUAGCCAGCCUGAGAUACUGUCUCCGACUCCCAGCUUUAGGGCCCGACAGAGGAAGCAGUUGACAAGGGCCAAGAGGCGUGAGCACAUGACCACCACCACCCUGUGGUGAGCGUGUUGGCAUACCCGCACCCAGCCCCGUUUGUGAGGGUCAGUUUUGGGUCACCCUCCCUAGCUCUGGAUGCCAGGAGACUCCAGCCAUUCCACUGUCAUUCACAGCCCAAGUCAAGCAGUCAGUGGCUGGAGAAGUCAGGUAUACUCUAUGUCCACAUAUACCUUCCUGCCACAGGGCUUCUCCAACUGGCAGGACCCCCCCCCCCCACCCUCAAAGCCUCCUCAAUCUCUCGUUCCCAGGCGGGGUCAACUGGAGGGUGGGCAGAGAUGGCUUGCAGAGGGGGCGGGGCGCAAGAUGGGGAUACCCACCCGGCCCAAGGGAGGAGAACGGCAUCUCUCUCCACCUUUUAAGAGACAAAGCCUCCUCGAGGUCUCAGAGAUCUAUCAAGGGAACGCAAGAAAGGUUUCCAAGCCUCAGCUGCCAAGUGUUCACCUUUCCCCUCUGAGGUGGGGGAGACAGUCAAGCCGAGGACGAGUGUGUCCCAGAUCCAGGCCAACGCUGUCCUCCAACAGUCUGAAGCAAACUUGGCCUUGGCGUUCCAAGGGUAGGAUGAAGGGUGUCACGGCAGGACGGGCCCUGGCGUGAGGCAACAGCAAGCAGAGCAAGGACACGACAGUGGCAGCAGUGUACAGACACGGGACGUCAGCUUCAAAUGAUGCAACAGCGGAGAUAUUCUGGGCACGGCUCUGAUCUGAGCCGCCCCCAACUCUCUUGCCUACAGGCAGGAGGCACUGUACAUGCAACUCAAUCCAGAGACAGAUUCUAGUCAAUCCAGCCCAGGCACAUCCAGAGAAGGUGGGAGCUCUUCGAGUUGACUCCACCGAGGAAAACAGGCAUUUGGGUAUUUCAGAUUCCCACUCCACAAUAAGGCAACUUUUAAAAAAAUACUAUUUCCAAGAACAAAACAAGAAAAUUCCAAGGGUAGGGGAAAGACAUCACUUUCUGUGGAUUAGGUGGGGGUUUUCUGAUGGUUUUUUUUGGUCUUUUAUGGUCGAUUUUGUCUUUUUUUUUUUUUUUUCUUUUCCAUUUUCCCAAGGAUGGAAA